CACCCUCUAUCAUAUGUAUUUCAACUGUUACCAAUUUUUAAUAUUCAAAUUUCAAUAAUCAGAUAGAGAAGAAAGAAAAUACUUUUGUUUCCGCUUUGCUCGUCAAUUCCGUGGUAGAUCUGGGACACUGCAAUUUGGUUUCAGAGAGGGAAAACUUUAAGCAAAAUUCGAACUUUGUGAUUUUCUUUUUCAUUCUGGGUACAAAGUUAAAAACUGACAAAACGGUGUUGAUCGCAAUUCAUGGAGAAUUCGAGUAACCCUGAUGGUGAAGACACAAGAAAUCAGACAAUACCUUCCACUUCUUCAACAUCCUCCUCCGAUGAUUACCGUUUGUUUGAUCGUCAAGGUUCUCUUCACCAGUUUCUAGGUGGUGGUAAAGCGGCUGAUAUACUCUUGUGGAAGCGGUGGAGUGUUUCUCUCGGUGUCAUUGUUGUUGCUUCUGUUGCUUGGCUCAUAUUUGAGUGGUCUGGAUUACCAUUCUUAUCUAUUUGUUCAGAUGUCUUGCUGAUAUUAAUUAUAAUUUUGUUUGUCCAUUCCAACUAUGCUGCUUACAGAGAUAGACAACCACAAUCAUUACCAGAGCUUGAAUUGUCAGAGGAAAUGGUUAACAACGCUGCAGCGUCAUUUCGUGUUAAAAUCAAUAACGUGCUUCUUAUGGCUCAUGAUAUAACUCUUGGCAAAGAUUUUCGGCUUUUUUUCAAGGUUGUGACUUGUCUGUGGCUCUUGUCUGCUAUUGGUAGCUAUUGCUCUUUCUUCACGCUUGCCUAUAUUGGAACCAUCUUAUCGGUUACUCUUCUUGCCUUCUACAGCAAAUACGAAGAGCCUGUCAAUAAAUACUGUGGAAUGAUCCAGCGAAAGUUUUCCCAGCAGUACAAGAUAGUAGAUGAUAGUGUGACGAACAGAAUACCCCGCAGUUUUUCAAAAGAUAAAGACACCUAAUUCUCACAGUUUACGUAGAGCUUAUGAGUAAACAUGCUUUACUCUUUUCAUUACUGAUGCAAAGUUGUCAAGUUGCAACGUCUGCUAAAUGCUUCCACAUUAGAGUGGAAAAGAAAAAAGAUGGUUAAGGGAUUUCUGCAGACAUGAUAUUCCUGGAGUUUCCUUAGGACUCAUUUCUUGAUAUCGAUUCUCGAAGAACCUCUAUGGUCUGCUUGGAGCUUUCUGUAUUUGUUGGGUUUGUAGAAUUAGUUAGUAGUAGUUCGGUUGAGCCGAUUUAUCAAUAACAGCUGGUAAUGACUGUCUUCCUUCUUAAGAGAACAGCACAUUGGUUGAUGCUUUGUGGAUGUAAUAUUACACUUGAUAAAUUCGAAAGCAUGCAACUGUCUGCUUUGUUUAUGUCUUUCAGUGAUGUCUUACUUGUAAAAAAAAUUGUCUGAGGUUGGUUACUGUGCUCGGCCUCCUCAAGUCUUAUCUGGUUACUUAAUGUCCCUCUAGAAAUGCUGCUAAA